UGCAGUUCUGCUAGCAUACGCAGCUGGAUAGAGGUUGCAGUUCUGUUAGCAUACAAAGCUGGUUAGCAUCUGCAGUUCUGUAAGAAUGCGAAUUUGGUUAGGGGCUGCAGUUCUGUUAGCAUACGAAGCUGGUUAGUGGCUGCAGUAUUGUAAGCAUGAGUGGCGCAUCCUCUCGGUUUACGCAGAGACGUGCCGCAACCACAUCCAACCGCGAUCUGGAUCUUGAUCUUGGCGCCCGGGACCGGGCUCGUGUUUGUAGAGGAACACCAGAGUAAUGAGUCUGGACGCGGCUGACUCAGGGUCGGAGGAUUGGGCUCAGCCGCAGCGCAAGCUGUCACCGGGAGCGGGAUUGCCCGGACUUGGCUCGGAAGACCGAGGCGUGUGCAGUCGGGGGACCAAUUUCCCCGAUGACUCCUGUCACUGGCAGCGCUUGCCACCUGUGGCUUUUAAUUUUGUUACUACGUUACAUUAUUAUUCAUUAGCGCGAACCCUUCCGACGUCCGUUUGUAAAGCGUCCCGCUGUUUUGGAAUGUCACAUCUGACGCGCUCUCUGCUGGCAGUUUAAGCAGUUUGUCUCUCACAGGGGAGAGGCAGAUGCUACAGAACCACAGCGCUGCAUCUGGGAUUACAGUCGGUCGACUUUCCCCCCGUAUCACAGCUGGUUCUGGCAACACUUUUCGUAACGUGUUGGCCGCGUUGUUGCAGUGUUGCUAUGCUACGACGUCUCUGCAGCACGCCGAGACGACACUUGCGACCUGAAAUUUGACAAAACAGUCAUGGGAGAUGAGCUAACUGUCAAGGAGAGGGAGGUGCUGGAGGAGAACAAGCGGAGGAAGGAGAAAGAGGCGGAGGGCACCGAUGUGGACAAGGAUCAUGGGGAGGAGGAGAAGGGCGUGAAGGAGGAGAAGCCGGAGGACGGGGAGGAGCGGAACGAGGAGCUGACGUCGGAGGAGCAGGAGCUUGAGGAGCUCAGGGCCCAGGUCCUGCAGCUGCUCCUCGAGCUGGAGGAGGCCAGGGAGGUGUCCCAAAAACACGAGGAGAGCUUCCUAGAGAUGCAGGGCCUUCUAGAGGACGAGCGUUUGUCUAGCGCCCACCAGGCUGAGGCUUUCACACGGCAGAUCCAGCGGCUGCAAGCCCAGCUGCGCUCAGUGCAGGAGGAGAUGGACAGCCUGGAGGAGGAGAAGGAGAGCGAGCUGGCAGAGGCGCAGGAGGAGCUGCGGGCGGCGCAGGAGGAGGUGCUGGAGCUGCAGCAGGCGGCGGAGGAGGCGGCGGCGGAGCGGGAGAACGACAUCGCCAGCCUGCAGGAGGAGCUGUGCCGCCUGCGGGCCGAGCUGCAGCGCCUGCACGCCGCCACGCAGGAGUACGAGCUGGAGAUCACCACGCUGCGCGCCGAGCUCGCCAUGAAGAGCCAGCGGCGGCAGGAGGAGCGGCGCGAGGGUGACGUGGGCCAGCUGAAGGAGGAGUGUCGCACUCUGAAGGACGAGUGCCAGGCCCUGAAGGACGAUAACAGGCAGCUGUCGGAGAGGCUGCAGCUGCUGCAGCUGCACAGGAAAGGCUCCAACGACGUGUACCUGGCCCUGAAGGAGGAGGACGAGUCGGAGGCGGGGGCGACGCGGGCGACCGGGAAGAGGGACGUGGGGGGCGGGUCCGACGAGGAGCUGACCGGCAGCUACAUGAGCAUGACCCAGCCCAAAGCCAACUGCCGGCUGGUGGACGCGUCCAUCCAGAAGAACAUCUCCUUCGACGGGAAGCCCGUGACGCCCACGAGCUGGAACGGGGGCUUCGCCGAGAUCUUCUCCCUCCGGGACCAGCUGAAGCUGGCCGAGGAGAGGGCCGCACAGGUGCAGAGGGAGUGUGACGGGUUGAAGGCGGAGCUUCAGGAGCUGCAGGGCCUGUAUGACUGCAGUCAGCGGGAGAGGGCGGAGCUAGAGAGCGAGCUGCAGCGCUACCGCGAGGAGCUGGGCAGACUGAUGGGGAGGAAGGCGCAGAGCUCCACCCCCCCGUCUGAGCCCCCUGUUCUCUCCAUCCCCUUCAUAGGAAUGAUUGUAAUAGUGGCCCUGAUUUGGUGUUGGUGGUCGGAGCUCUCGUCCUAGAGAGGAGAAGGGGAGUGAGGGAGACUGGACUCCAGUGCUGGCGGUUGCCGUGGCAGCAGCUGUGUUGCUGAUUGUCCCCAGUUUGUCCAGAGCUUUGUCCUGAGGAGCCAGCCGCGUGCACCCCCACGGUGAUGACACGGCCCCUCUCGCCUCACUCCCAUUGGACACUGGAUGCCUGCAGGCUACUGGAUAUGCAUGUGUGGUACCAGUCAAACCCGAGCUGCAUCCUCUUCCCCCCACUGACUGCUCAUGUUCCCUCUCUGACUCUUUUACCUGUGCUCACACACCAGUGCUUCGGUUCUCCACCAAUAGGGUGGCUUACAUUCCAGUGCUUCAACUUUCAACCAAUAGGAUGGCUCAGAAACCAGCUCUUCACCAAUAGGGUGGGGGGAGGGACCCCCUGAGGAUUUAGCGGAAGACACUUUUUGUUGACUUUUUUCCUCUUUCUUUGUAUUUUCACGAUGCACAGCUCGGCUACAUUUAUAUGUUCCUUUCCUUAUUGAUUUACUUGCUGUCAUGUGUAUUGCUAACUGAAGACGAUGUGCCUCGUGCGUUCCCUGAAAUGUAAAAGGAAAAAUUAUUUGCGAAAAUCGUUUUGCGCUGAGUUUUUAUUUUAAUUGUUUUUUUUUUUUUUUACCAUAGAGAAAAGGCUAAGUCCAAAACAGAUAAGGUCACUCUAUUGGGGGAAGGUUGGGGGGGAUUUUAAACCUGUCACUGAUGAAACACCUCUGAAGAGAGAAUGGGGGGAACCCAGUGCUUUAAAAAAAUCAUUUCUUCAAUCUCUUAUCUCUGUGAUGUAAUUUUUCUUACUUUUUUUUUUUUGCUCUCAUGGAUGCCUUCUUUUUCUUACGUUGAUUUUUUAGAAAGAAUGACAACGUGAAAUACGUUUUUACUCGUAUUUGUUUUAGUGCAUGCUCUGUACAGUUUCAGUAAAACUAAAAUGCUGAUGCAUGAAUAUUGCUCUGGAAGUUUGAUCUGAUGCGUUUUGGGAUCGGGGUUGUGAACACAUUAGCCUCGUGGUGCAGGAUGCGUCAGAGUGUGCUGCGGCGGCGUCUCUGUCCUGAGUGGAUGCGGUGUAUCUCCAGGGCUUUCUCUCUCUUGACUCGUUCUCAAUGCACGCUCGGCACGAGCGGUGUGUUCGCAAGACACUGCGUUACAUCCCAUAAUACGCACACUUUAUACGCACGGUCCUCCCUGAUCGGGCUGAUGACGAGGACACAAAUAGUCCACCGUGAUAGGCCGUCCUGAAAUCAGAGGUUCUCAUUAGGUCGUUGUUUGGUCGAAAUUGGUGCAGUUUUGGACAGUGAUAAUUGCUCCCCGACCUGUUUACCUGUUGAUCGAGCUCGAGGUGGGAGAGACAAAUUGCGCUGUCAGGCAUCUAUCUGAAAAAGACAUGUUCCCUCUCCCCGGUGGCCUUUCAUCAUUUGGAUAGAUGCGUUUUCAUUAAGUGUAAUGGCCGCUAUUAGAGUAAUUGAGCAUUUCUAUUUUUCAUCCGUUAGCAGAGACAGUUUUAUAGCACACGGUCUCGGAAAGGCGGAUUUUUACAUUCGCUAGUCGUGCAAGGCCGGACGUUUUAUUAUUGUCAAAAGUGACAAUGAACUAAACUGAUAUUUGAUCGGUUUUUAAUUCAUCUCACUAAUGAGAUUAUUCGCAGCAAUGGUUUCCGUGUGUGUAAGGGGAGAAUAUACGCUCAAUGCAAUCAUCUAAAAGCACAUCCAUUUUUUUUAAAGGAGGUCCGCGUGAUUUCGAUGAACACACGUCUUUCUGUGCAAAUGUGAAAGAAGUUCUGCUUCUGCAAGGCCUGUAUUUUUGCUGCUUUUCCCUCUAAAAUUCUUCACGCCCCGAGCCAAUGCUAAGCUUAACUAGAACCGGACUUCAUCGUCAGAUGAGACCAAGCUUUAGCUUUAUGGCCAUUCGGACGAGUGGCAGGAUUCGCAUUGGAAGGCAGAUGCUUCUGCUGAAAAGAGCAUUAUGCGUACGGUGAAAUACUGUGACGAACCUUUGAUGUUAUGUAAAACGAUCUUUGAUGUUGUUUCAUUAUUACUGGUCCCAGGGGUCCCCUUGUUAAGGCCAAUGUCAACUCCAGUGAGUACCUAGAUAUUUUGGGCAGAAACCUGGCAUCUCCCUGCGAUCUUUCAGCGAGACAACAAUCCCAAGCCUACCUCAAAACUAUUGAGAAAAUUGUAUUGUCAGUUUACGAUAUAUUUUUCCCUUUUUUUGAGCGUGCAAUAUAGAUCAAUGCAUUAUUUAUUUUAUACAGUCUUUUUAGUUCAUCUUUAUCAAGGGUGUGCAAGCAUAUGUAGGGCACUCUUUUUUGAUGAUUUGUCAGCCUUUACUGCCGGUAUGCAAUAUUUUGUGAAAAAAAAAAAAAUUAUUUUUAAAUUUUUUAGGCCAAACACUUUUCCCUUAAGCCCAAGAAUAUGGAUGUAGAAGAGGAGGGGGUUUGAUUCAGAAUUUUUUCUUAAUUGGAUUAAAAAGAUGUUUUUGUGAAUACAUGUAUCUUAUUUAAAAAGGCAUCCGGGAAAAUGGUAAUUUGAUGAACAAAAAAUAUUGUUAUGCCUUUUGAUAAACGGGAAUUAUUCUGUGUAUAUAUAGAGAGGUAUUGUUCAUUUAUUGUAUAAUGCAUGAAAAUUCUUUUUAGUUCUCAUUUUUAUUUCCUGACCAAAUGUUUUUGGAUAGUUGUUAAUAAUUGUACCCUCUCAGUCAGAAUAUUCUUACAAUAAUUAUGCUUUUAUUAUUUUGUGAGUAGCGUAUGACCAUCUAAUUGCGAUGACAUAAUUUGAAGCUAAUUUAAAUUGCUGCUUGCAUCACACUCUUGCUUCGGUUUGACAAAGACAGCAUUGAGUCAUGAUAACUUUUACCAAAAUCCAUACAGUUGGCUUUUAAAAUGUGGCAGUUGACAUUACAAUUAGUAAGAAAUUAUAGAGCUGUGUAAAAACAAAACUUUCUCUACUCUAGAAAUAUCUCCUUCUCCCAGCCUCUUCCCGAAAAGGUCUUGAGGCAGAGACAAGCUUUAGACAGAUUGGAAGAACCACCCAGCUGACUCAAUGACAUUGAUACGAUAUUGAAGUGGCGUCAUGGCGAUGAGAUAAUGGUGCUGUAAAGACACUGUAGAGCUAUGAGAAUUUUAUAUUUGCUGGGUGAAGACCAUUAAUCAAGAAGCAGUGAAGCAGCUAGAGAUAAUAAUGAAGGACCAAACAUGCCCUUGUAAAACCCUUGGGCUGGAAUCUUCUUGUAAUUGCUAUGACAAAUAUUUGGAUCCAAUUAUCUAUCAUAGAUUUUCCCACACUCCCCAAAAAAGGAUGUGAAUUGCAGAUGUACAGUAUAUGACUGGUUUUGUGUUUUAAAGCACUGAUUAUGAAAUGCCUGAUUGUUUUCUUCAGGUGUUCAAAAUCAUGUGAGGUUGGUUUACUGUGGAAUGUAAACUCUUCUAGACCGGCGUACAGAAAAUGCCAGACACCCGCCUCCCAUCACCUCUGAUGUCAUCUGACCAAUGUGUCACAGAGGCCUGAAUUUAAUCAAAAAUUGUCCUUAAUUUUGCCUUACACACGUACUUGCCCUUAUAUCUCUUUCAGAAACACCAUUGGGCGAGUUCUACAGUUAGCAAAAAUUAAACGAACACUUGCGUGUACUCCUAAAUCAAAGCUAAGUACGAAUUUUGAUGGAACCCAAGCCAGAGAAUAGACUUUUAAAGAUUUUACAGCCCAGCCUGCGCAACAUAAUGAAAAACAGACUAAUCUUGAGUUUAAACGCAGGUGCUAUAGAGUGCUACUUAGUCUAUGUGCAUAAAUUGAUCGUGUAUUGUACACAAGUACAUGUAUAGAAUACAGUAAUGCUAGAUAUGUACUUCCACUGGAAUGUAAAUCCCUUUAGUGAAUGUCAAACAUGUAAAUAAUAUUUUGAAUGUACAUAGAUAGUGAUGUCUUCCGUUAUAAUAUUUUUUUUCCAACCUAGUCAACUGUGACAGAAGCUUGUAUUAUGGUUAAAAUGAUAAAGUGAGUUUGUUGUGAUUUUAUUUAUGGGAAGGUUCAUGAUAAUUAUAAAUGAUAUUUAAUUUGCAUUGUAUUGUAUGUGUUUUUAAUUAAAUAGUGAACUUGAUAAAUCAUUUAUGUGUAAUUGCAGUUAAAAUGCUUUAUAUUAAACACAGAGGUUUAUUGAUACUGCUUAUGAAAUAAAUAUGUCAUGAUAACCAGUUUAAAAUUAAUAGUUUACUAAUGAUGUGAGAUUUUAAUUUGAAUGCAUCUACAGUGAUCUUAGCAUAGAAACCUUUCAAAAGCAGCUAUUUUUGCAUGUUAGUAGAUGGUAGAUCUUGCAUGCAAAAGCAUAGCUAGUACAUAGUUGCUAUAGUUGUGUAAUUACUAUAGUUCCUAUAAUCAUGACAUGUUUACUGUGAUUGCAUUAAUGCUACUGCAUGGAGAUUCCUAUACUUCCAGAAUUACAACAUUGAAACAGCAAUACUGUACAUUUGCAUCUUUUUCCAUGUGUAUUCGUUUCUAUAUAGCUUAAAUUGGAGGUAUUCUAUUAAGAUCCUCAAGUUGGUUUUGGGCAGAUUUAUAUUUUUUUGACAUUUGAGAAUUUAAUAAAAUAAUGAAUCAUCCUCUGUUACAAAGCUACAAAUAAUCUCCAAAUAAUUCAUGUUUUGUAGGCAGGACUUCUGUAUGUCCCCUAAAACAAGCUGAAAUUCUUCCAGGUUUGUAGUCAGUGAAUAGUAGACCCUUAGAGGUUUGAUUACAGAAAGAAUUUGGUUUAUCUAAAAUAUCUUGGCCCCCAGCUUUCCCCUCUUCAGUACUCUGCACAAAACAACACCAGAUAAUGUUAAUCCCAUUACACACUUCAGAUGUAGCUCAGAUCAACAAACUCCAGUAAAGCUCACUGACUGUAUGUGCACUUCUUCUGUUCUGUGUCUGUUAACAUGAAACGAAAUGGACUCCAGUACUAAGCUUCUCCGAAUGGUUUCCAUAAGAAGUGCUUUUGCCGGCCUGACUGUUCUGUAUGUACCCUGAAAGCUCAAAUAUAUGGAGAAACUGUUUGUCUCUGUAUGAGUAUGUAUGAGUGUCUGUCCGUCUCUGUAACAUAGCAAAGAGAUUGUACUGUCAAGUGAUCAUUAAAUUGUGUGUAUAGUUUCUAAAACUGUAACUUAGCUUCACUUUACUUUAUUGUUAGGCUUUGUUGUUUCAAAGACAAUUGUGAGUAUUUUAGUAAAAAGAAAAACAAAUACUGUAUAUUUUGUAAAGUAUUUGGAAAAAUAAAGUACUUUAUCCUUACUCUUA